UAGUAUGGAUUUUCAAAUAAAAAUGUGAUUUAUUUUUUUUCUUUUGAACAUUUUUUUUUCUUGUUAAGUUUGGGAUACAUUUGGUAAAUGAUGUUAUCAUUGUAGCUUUGUUUGUGGUGCUCCAUUCUCAGGAAAUCAGAUUUGUUCAACUGCAAAUGCCCUGUGGCUACUGGCAGCAUUUUGCAUAGCUAAGAGGAGGCUGAGUAGGAGUAUGGCUAAAGGCAUUGCAUUGGCUCUAAUGUUUUACAGACCUGGGGCCGUAAAUUAAAUCUGAGAAGAAUGCAAAAAAUGCCAAAGUCAAAACUCCACCUAAGUAUCUCUUCUUGUUGCAGUAAAAAACCAGCAAGCUGAAACAUAUACAGAAUCAUGUACUAUUGGGAUGGGGCUUUACAGUCAGAAAAAUGUGUCCACCUGAUGUAUGCAGUGAAUGGAACAACAGUGGUUCCCCUUUGUCAGCCUAGUGAAUCAUCAGAAAACUGCACAACAGCCAUGGUGCAAACCACACACAGCCCUAAACCAGUACCAAUGAAAAUAGGCAAGUGCCAAAUGGAAAUGGAAAGUUUUUGUUGGAACGGGCAGUGCAUGUACCUUGUGGACCUUGAUGAACAUUAUUGCCGGUGUGAAAAGGGAUAUACUGGAAUUCGUUGUUCACAUGCUGAACUUAUCUACCAGCCUAUGAACCAGGAGUAUCUGGCAAUAACACUAUUCUUGUCAUCCUUACUGCUUUUGGCAGUUGUAGUGGCUGCAUUUUUUGCAUACAAAUGGUACAAGACAAAAAAAGCUGAACUUCCUCACAAUGAAUAUAAAGAAGUCUCCAUCCAGAAUCUAUAGAAUUUCCCGUUGCAUUCAUUUCUAUUUCCUAUUUUUUAACAGUUCGUUAUUUAUUCUGCAUAAUAUAUUACAUGCUUUGUUAGGUCAAAGUAAAUGUUGAAAUAUACUUACUUAAUUGUAUAUAUAUUUAUACAUGUCUUACAACAUGUAAUUCCCUUGUAUGUAAUUUUUUUUACAACAUUAAUUUUUUUUACUGCACAAUAUUUAUGUACUUUUUUGUGUUUUAUAAAUAUAUUUAAUUUUUCUUUUUAAAGAGUCUAGUUAGUUCUGUGGGUUUGGUACAUAAACUGACGUGUAACAUUGUCACGUAACAAAGUUGAAUAAAAGGCAUUACACAUUUAAUUAUUUAAAAUAUCAAAGGAUUUUUACUGGUUGCCAAUAAUGGUUCAGAAUGAAAGUGCAGGGAAAGACUUUUCAUUUUCAGUACACAAUUAUCAUUUAUUUGAUCAGUUUUCUGUUUUUAUUAUUAAGUAUUUGUAGGUCUGCUGUUGUAGCUGUGUCACAGCCUUUUACUUAUUAAAGUAAAUCAUACCAUGUAUGUAAGGUUAAGAGCAUUACAUACCCGAGUAUUGUUUCUAAAAUGCUGUGUCAAGUUGAUUUGUGGCAUCUGUUACAUUACAUAUAUGGGCAUAUUUAUUAUUGUGUGUAAGCCAAGAUCACUGGUGAUGUUGUCCAUACCAACUAUUAAAAUAUUUGCUUUUGCUUAUACCUAUCGUAUAGGUGACUGUUGAAAUCUAAUUGCUGAUUGGUUACUAUGGGCAACAUCACCGGUGAUCUGGGCUUAAGCAUGAUAAUGAAUAUGCCCCAUAGUGUAGGAAAGGGUAUAACAUUCUUUUCUACUAGCAAGUAAUUUACAAUCAAGAAAAAAAAA